AUGGUAGACACAGAAGCGAACGUACCGACAUGGAAGUUCACCCAGUGCUUCGGUGAUAAGGGAGACGUUGAGGAUAUCACGGAAGCCGACAUCAUCUCGACGGUCGAAUUCGAUCACACCGGCAACUAUCUUGCAACUGGCGACAAGGGUGGCAGAGUUGUGCUCUUCGAGCGUAAUGAGACGAAAAAAACGUGCGAAUACAAGUUCCAUACAGAGUUUCAGUCUCACGAGCCCGAGUUCGAUUACCUCAAAUCGUUGGAGAUUGAGGAGAAGAUCAACAAGAUCAAGUGGUGCCGACGACAGAACGCCUCACACUAUUUACUCUCGACCAACGACAAGACGAUCAAGCUAUGGAAGGUUUUUGAAAAGUCACUGAAGGUUGUGGCCGAAAACAAUCUCUCGCACGAUGCCACCCCGGCGAACGUUCAUGGGGGAGGCGGCGCCCCUCGCGCCCUUCCCACCGCCCAAUUUCGGUCCGCGAAUGAUCUGAAGCUGCCGAGACUAACUCACCACGAUACUGUCGUGGCGGCUGUGCCUCGGCGGACAUAUGCCAACGCCCAUGCGUAUCAUAUUAACAGCAUCUCAGUCAAUAGUGACGGCGAAACCUUUAUUAGCAGCGACGAUCUGCGCAUCAACCUCUGGAACCUGAAUAUUCAAGACCAGAGCUUCAACAUUGUUGACAUCAAGCCCGCAAAUAUGGAGGAGUUGACUGAAGUCAUCACAGCGGCGGAGUUUCAUCCGACCAGCUGCAACUGGUUCAUGUAUGCCAGUUCCAAGGGCACUAUCAAGCUGGCAGACAUGCGUGAGCGGGCUCUAUGUGACCAGCACGCCAAGAUGUUUGAACAGGAGGAAGAUCCGUCCUCCCGCUCAUUCUUCUCUGAGAUUAUCUCGUCCAUCUCGGAUGUUCGCUUCUCAUACGACGGCAAAUACAUCCUCUCCCGCGAUUAUUUGACUGUGAAGAUUUGGGACGUCGCCAUGGAGAGGCAGCCGAUCAAAACCAUUCCGAUUCACGAGCAUCUCAGACCGAGGCUCUGUGACACGUACGAGAAUGAUAGCAUUUUCGACAAGUUUGAGGUGGUGUUUUCGGGCGAUGGAAAGAAUGUCAUGACAGGAAGCUACAACAACAACUUCAUGAUAUAUCCUUCAGACCCGGAGAAGGAGGUUGAAGUGGUUCUUCAGGCCGACAAAUCUGCUUUCAAGGCCAAGAAAGUUGGCGUGCCCACUCCCAUCAACUCAUCAACAAGCCCGACAGCUAAUGGAAAGAAGGGGGGAUCGCGCGCCGGAAGCCCAGCAGCUCCGGGGCAGGGUCAACGCAUGCGUAAGGAAACGGAUGCUGACCAGAUCGACUUCAACAAGAAGAUUCUUCACAUGAGCUGGCAUCCCUUUGAAGACAGCAUUGCAAUUGCGGCUACCAACAACUUAUUUGUUUUUUCUGCUCUUUGA